CCGAAACCUGAGCGACCACGAAAGAAAGUCGAACAUACUACAGACAUCCGAGUCAAUUUCAUCGACAUAUCACAGCUGAGCGCAAUUCAAUCAGCAACUCCUUGGAUCAAGAGGACGAUUGCCGAGCUAGAGUAUAAAGCAGCGCGUAACCGUCUUCCCAACGAUCGUUACUGCGUCAUAGGUAACAUGCUUUAUACAAAACCCACCACAGCUCGUCCUCAUCCAGCCAUAAUCCUACCUCGUGAACAUCCCAUCACGAUGAAAAUUAUAGAAAACUUUCAUACCGAUCCCACUCUGUGCGCACAUUUAGGCAUUUAUAAAACAAAAGAAGCCAUCAUCCGGAGAUUUUUCUGGACCAACAUGCAAGAGGACAUAACUAAGUUUAUUAAGGAAUGCAUCAAAUGCAACCAACGUAAGAAAGAUCCACAUAAUAUGACAGUGGAACCAGGUAAACAAUUUUCUAUUCCUGAAAAACCUUUCGAGAGAGUACACAUGGACAUCAUGGGUCCAUUGCCACGCUCUUGUCGGAAUAAUGCAUAUGUUCUCACUAUGCAAGAUGCAUUCAGUAAGUUCGCUAUAACUAUUCCAAUUCCAGCAAUAUCAACUGAAAUUGUCAUAGACAAAUUCUUAAGACAUUUAGUGUACAUCUUUGGACCACCAUCCCGUCUAAUUACGGAUCGAGGAUCCAACUUCAUGUCUCAUAAAUUCACAGAUUUAUGCAAA